CGCUUGACCAUACAGGUGUAAAUGCACCUGAGAUACACCUGUGUAAUCCAACAGAUGGUGUCAGUGGUGUCACAAGUGAUGACGAAAAUCGCACAUUCCUAUGACUAUUUCGGUCCGCCAAAGAAAUAAUUCCUCUUAUCAGUACUAUUAAAAAGUGUGUGGUCUAAUAUGCAAGAUAUAAAAAAAAAAACGUGGCAAUAUAGGUGGUAAAGAAUGCAAUGUUCACUUUGUUUCUUUUAAGCAGUUUGGUUUCCGGUGGCCUCAACACUUUCACCCCUCAAGCUGGGAAAAGUCACUUUACGGAGAUGUCUGCUUGUCAGUAACCUCACAGUUUCCAUCGCCUCCCUCGUUAUCACGUUCGAGUGUUUACAGUGUCUUCAUUAGCCGCCAGCCCUCCAAUGAUAACAACGCUUAAAAGAAGGCAUCAAUGACAGUGAUAAGCACAGCCAAGCUACUAUUUUGGUUGACACGAGUCCCCCUGUUUACACUGGGAGCAUGGGAGCGGACAUCAGGCAGUGGUCUUUGCAUGGGGGUUCUCCAUUUUCAAAACCUUGCCACAGCAAAGUCUGUUUUCAAGCUGGGAAGAAGGUGACGUUCGUGCCAGCUCAGUGGCUCCGUGAGGAUAUCGUUUCAAAAUGCUGCGCUUCAGGGCGUUUCUGUUGCAGGUGUGUCUGAGUCUGGUGGUCUCCAGUGGCUCCUGCACCUGUAAACCUCUCAACAAUGACAUCGAAAACGAUGACCCUGAGGGAUUUUACUCUCAGCUGUCAGAGGAGGACCUUCUGGAGGAGGAAGAUACGGACUUGAGGAUGGAGAACCUCCUCGGAACCAUGAAGGAGGGCUUUUUGAAGAAACUCAACCUGUCGGAUGUUCCCCAGGAGCACGGCAAGAUCUACCCUCCUCAGUUCAUGAUGGAGCUGUACAAUAAGUACGCCUCGGACAGCUCGGCUAUCCCUCAGUCUGAUGUCAUACGAAGUUUCACUGUUCAAGAUAUCACACUGUCUAUGACAAAUGGCGCAAAGUCGAAAUACAGGCUGCAGUUCAACGACACCAUCCCCAACCAUGAAAAGAUCACCACGGCUGAACUACAGCUCUUCUUCUUCCCGGAUGCCAGGUCAAGGUUCACCUCCCACAGUUUUGAGGCCACCGUCAAAGUCUAUGAAGUGGAUCGAACCGAUUUGACAUCCACUACCCAACUACUGGAUGGCAAGGAGGUGAGAGGCUCACAGAGCAUGUGGACGACGUUUGAUGUGACCACAGCUAGUCAGAGCUGGAUCAAGACAGGCAAUGGAGCAACUGUUUUUGAUGUAGUGGUGGAUAGGAAGGACUGUGGGGCUUCCGACAGGGGAGAGGAAGGAGCAGGCUGUCUAAAUAUGAGCAUGUCUGUUGGAGAUAACACGUCAGCAGCUCUGAUAGUCUUCUCAGAUGACCUGGGUAGCCGGAGGAGGGAGACAGAGAAAGAGCUAAAAGAGAUGAUCCUCCACGAAGAAGAAACCAUCUUGCACUCGGGCGCCGACUGGAACGGAGGGGAGCAACUUCCCAACAAGAUCCUGGCAGCUCAGCAUCCACGGAGAAACAAAAGAAAGGCAGAGAGGGAAUAUUGCCGACGGACCUCGCUAAAGGUCAACUUUAAAGACAUUGGCUGGGACAGUUGGAUUGUGGCUCCUCCAGAAUACGACGCCUUUGAAUGCAGAGGGCUGUGUUACCACCCGCUGACGGACGAAACCACCCCGUCCAAGCAUGCCAUUAUCCAGACACUGAUCAACAUUAGGGACCCCAAGAGGGCCAACAUGGCGUGCUGUGUCCCCAUCAAACUGGACCCCAUCACAGUCUUGUAUCAGGAGAAUGGACGUCUCACCAUUAGAUACAUGUAUGAGGAGAUGAAAGUGGCAGAGUGUGGCUGCAGGUAGUAGGGGGUGGUUGUUUUGGUGGUAGCAAAAGUGGUAGAUUGUGUUGGUUCUAAUGCUGCAUUUCAUUCAAGACUAUCUGAUGUUCACAGGUGGUACUCAGUAUAACCACCAUUAUGCCCACCAUUGGGAGAGAAGGAAGACCUAGUCAAAGAAUAAACAUUGUUACCUCCUACUGUUGACCUAUUUCUCCCCAAGCAUCUGCGAUAUUUUAUUUUAAAAAAUUAAAUAAAAAAAGACAGUCUUGAAUCUACAGUCAUGCUAAAUACUGACAUCAGAAUGCUAACAUGGUCACAAUGCUAAUGUGCUGAUGUUUAGCAGGUAUGUUUCUCAUGUCCACCAAUUAUUUUAUUUGGUAAUUGGUCAUAAUCCAGAGUAUUAGAUCAGAAUAAGUGCUAGAUGAAAAUUACGCUAAGCAUAUUCAUGACAUCAGUGCAUUUUAUUUGCUAUCCAGUGUCAGUCAGUAUCAGCCCUCUUAUCUGUUUGCACAUGUGCUCAUUCGGACGUUAUGCAGACUUUGUAGGAGGAGAUGACAGAGUGAAGUCUGUUUAAUGUCCGGCUCCACUGAUUCUCACAUACAGCUUCUGCAUAUAAUAGAAAGGUUCAGGGUUACAGUCCAUGUGUGAAAGCAGCUUUUGUCUGUUGCUAAGUGCACAUAAACAAUUGUGUCUAUUUGAUUUGAACGAGCAAUGGUAAAUUUGGAAACUCCCAAAACUAGGUUGGCUGACCAAUGUUGUAAUUUGAUCACAAAUUCAACCCAUCACUAACUCACGGACAUUCUGAGAUGUACAGCUGGACUGUGGCUGGUGCAACUAAGUACAGUAUGUUUUCAAAUUGUAGCCAUGAAAUAACGAAAUGUAGCAUUUACAGUUUUAUACCUUUCCUUUAGAUUUAUUGUUAGCAAGAAGUCUGAAAUCAGGGAAAUAGUCAUUAAUUCAGUGUAACAGUAGAACAGAUCAGUUAUACCACUUUUUCUGUUUUCCAGUGUAUGUAUGCCUGUGCAGAAACUGAUGCUUUUUAGAGCUUUUGCUCAAAUAAUGACUUUUUUUAAAACUGCAUUUCACAAGGUAUUAGUCCUUAGCAGAGAACCAAAGGAAGCAAACAUUUUUCAUAUUGUAUAUUUAAUACUUACUGUAUGUACAUAAAAAAACUUGUCCUUGCAAUAUCUUGGUUUAAUAUAUUUCUACAAACUAUUGAGAUUAUAUCUUGUAUUUUUAUGUAGUUAUUGACGUAAAGCAGAACAAAAUGCAGAUCCAUUAGUAUUGCAAUGUUUGAAAAACAAAUAAAUUGAGCAGUUGGCAUUAAUAGGAUCGCAUUUGAUUACGGCUGUGCAUCUGCUAACCCUGUGUUACUGUAGACAUAAUGUAAAACUGUAUAGAACUAUUGUUAGUGUAUUUUUUAAUAUGACUUGUGUAAUUUCAUAGUUUGCAGCAGUCUUUAAACGACUGCUACCAGAUUUGUACAGAAAGUACAGCUUGUAAAAUGGUCAGCUUACAUAUGCAGGCAUGCAACAUUGCCACUGUUGCUUCUACCAGAAGAGAAACUGUCUUGAAAGCUCAGUAUUCCUAAACUUCUCCAGUGGACAUGACUGUGUGUAUUAAUCUAUAUGAUACUGACAUUCUAAAAGAGAGGUUUCUGCCAAAUCUUAUAUAAAUCCUGCCUCCAUCUGUGUGUUCGAGCUGCUGAAUAAUAACUCAAUCCAUCUGGCUUAAAGUGGAGAGGUUUUUACUGCACCGUGGGUCUCUUGAUGUGUACAAUUUUUUACAAGCUUAUCAUCCCGGAAAUGAAUAAAUAUAAGUCUUGGGGAAAUUCUGUGUCACAAAAUUAAAUUAAAUUUCACUCAUUUCAUCUAUAGUAGACUACUCAUCCUGUAUGAAUUUCUUAACAUUUUGGCAUCACUUUGAGUCAUUUUCUGUCAAAUUUGUAAACCUUCAACAUCCUGUGAUGACUAUACAGGUGGUCUACCAUUUGACAUAGAACUCUAAGCAAUAAAACAAUCACCCAGUAGCACAGCUCUCAUUUAACACAACAAAAUAUGCAUCUUCAUUGCCUCUUUUCCUUCCAUCUCAGUGCCACCAUAGAUACAAGAAGGGAAUCAAGGCAACACAUUUCUGUCCUCUAAACUAUCAUCAAAUCGUUUUGGAUCUGUUGAAUAUAUUCAGUGUCCAAAUAGAGAGAAGGAUGCAACCACCUCGUAGCAUGGACUAGGCGGUCUUUAUACUACGUCACCAAACUUCCUCCCUUGCUCCCAUUAUAAUCACUUUUGGCCCAUAGAGGGCGCCUAACAACAAAUCCUGACCAUAGUUCAUAAGAAGAUGCUUGUACAGACAACCUAUAGGCAAACUUUUUGUAGGACAGUCUUACUUCUAUCAAAAUGUAUUGAUCCAGA